CGGGCAGCACUGGCUCGCUAUGGCCGUGGUGGGCUUCGACGUGGGCGCACAGAGCUGCUACAUCGCGGUGGCCCGCGCCGGCGGCAUCGAGACAGUCGCCAACGAGUUCAGCGACAGAUGCACUCCAUCGGUUGUAUCAUUUGGCUCAAAAAACAGAGCUAUUGGUGUCUCGGCUAAGAAUCAGCAAAUUACUCAUGCCAACAACACAGUAUGUAACUUUAAGAGAUUCCAUGGCCGUGCAUUUAAUGAUCCUUUUGUUCAGAAAGAGAGAGAGAAAUUGAGCUAUGAUCUGAUUCCCAUGAAAAACAGUGGAGUUGGAGUCAAGGUGAUAUACAUGGAUGAGGAGCACUUCUUUAGUGUGGAACAGAUAACAGCUAUGCUGUUGACCAAGUUGAAGGAGACUGCUGAGAAUAACCUGAAAAAGCCAGUAACCGACUGUGUUAUUUCUGUUCCAUCAUUUUUCACAGAUGCUGAAAGAAGGUCUGUACUGGAUGCUGCUCAGAUUGUUGGCUUAAACUGUUUGAGAUUAAUGAAUGACAUGACAGCAGUGGCUCUGAACUAUGGAAUUUAUAAACAAGACCUUCCAGCUCCAGAAGAGAAACCACGGAUAGUAGUGUUUGUGGACAUGGGACAUUCUGCAUUUCAAGUAUUGGCCUGUGCUUUUAACAAGAGUAAGCUAAAGGUGCUUGGCACAGCCUUUGACCCCUUCCUAGGUGGAAGAAACUUCGAUGAAAAGUUAGUGGACCACUUUUGUGCAGAAAUAAAAGCAAGGUACAAAUUGGAUCCAAAAUCCAGAAUCAGAGCACUUCUUCGUCUAUACCAGGAGUGUGAGAAACUGAAGAAGUUAAUGAGCUCCAACAGCACAGAUAUUCCCUUGAAUAUUGAAUGCUUUAUGAAUGACAAGGAUGUGUCUGGGAAACUGAACAGAUCACAGUUUGAAGAAUUAUGUGCUGACCUCCUUCAAAGGAUAGACGCGCCUCUCCUUUCCUUAAUGGAACAAACACAGCUUAAAGUGGAAGAUGUGACUUCUGUUGAGAUUGUGGGUGGAGCAACACGCAUUCCAGCUGUUAAAGAGAGGAUUGCAAAGUUCUUUGGGAAAGAUGUCAGCACAACAUUGAAUGCAGAUGAAGCAGUAGCAAGAGGCUGUGCUCUCCAGUGUGCAAUUCUUUCUCCAGCUUUCAAAGUGAGAGAAUUCUCUGUGACAGAUGCAGUCCCAUUUUCCAUAUCUUUGCUCUGGAACACAGAAGCAGAUGAUACUGAAGGGGUUCACGAAGUCUUCAGCAGAAAUCAUGCAGCACCUUUUUCUAAAGUCCUCACCUUCUAUAGAAGAGGUCCAUUUGAACUGGAAGCUUUCUAUUCUGAUCCUAAAGUUGUUCCAUAUCCUGAGUCAAAGAUUGGUAGAUACAUUAUCCAGAACAUCGCAGCUCAGAAAGAUGGAGAGAAGUCUAAAGUGAAAGUCAAGGUCCGUGUGAACACCCAUGGCAUUUUCAGUGUGUCUACUGCAUCCAUGAUAGAACAAGUUAAAGCUGAAGAGAAUGAGAAUCUCAAUGCUGAGGCUCAAGUAGAAUCUCAGAACCAGCAGCCUUCUGAAGAUGAUAACAAUAUCCAGCAAGACAACAGUGAAGCUGGAACACAGUCCCAGGUACAAACUGAUGAGCAACAAACAUCACAAUCUCCCCCUUCAUCAGAACCUCCCUCUGAAGAAAACAAAAACCCAGAAAGCAAGAAAACAAAUGAGAAGAAAAGUGAUCAACCACCAGAAGCUAAAAAACCCAAGAUAAAGAUGAAGAAUGUGGAGCUGCCUAUUGAAGCUAACUUGGUCUGGCAGUUAGGGAAAGACCUACUCAAUAUGUAUAUUGAAACAGAAGGCAGGAUGAUUAUGCAAGACAAGCUGGAGAAAGAAAGAAAUGAUGCUAAGAAUGCUGUAGAGGAGUAUGUGUAUGAGUUCAGGGACAAGCUGUCUGGACCAUAUGAAAAGUUUGUCUGUGAGCAUGAUCUUGAAAGAUUCUCAGCACUCCUUACAGAGACAGAAAACUGGUUGUAUGAGGAGGGAGAAGACCAAACUAAACAGGUGUACCUAGACAAAUUGGAUGAUUUAAAGAAACUAGGUACCCCAAUUGAAGCGCGGUAUCAAGAAGCUGAAGAACGUCCAAGGAUAUUGGAAGAACUGGGGUGCAAGCUUCAGAAUUAUACCAUAAUAGCAGCAGAAUACAGAAAUAAGGAUGAGAAGUUCAGCCACAUCGAUGAAACAGAAAUAAUGAAAGUAGAGAAGUGUGCUGGUGAAGUGCUGGAGUGGAUGAAUAAUGUUGUGAAUGCACAGGCUAAAAAGAGCCUUGAUCAGGAUCCAGUUGUACAUUCAAGUGAAAUCAAAGCAAAGCUAAAGGAGUUAACCAAUAUAUGUGAGCCUAUUGUGACACAGCCAAAACCAAAAGUUGACUCUCCUAAGGAAGAAAAUCCAUUGAAUGGACCUGGUGACUUUAAAACUGAAGAGCUGGAAGAAGAUAAAAAUGCUGAAAUACCUCAGCAGAACGGUGAAUGCCAUCCUAGUGACCAGACCACCACUAGCAUGGACUUGGACUAGACCAUGCAUUGCACUGAACAAUUUCAUCUCAUGAAAGAAAAUAUUUUUUUUCAGUAGUUGGGGAUGUGAGAGGAAAACAUGCAGUCUUGAGAACUAUUUAUAUUUUUUUCUUUAAAUUGUCUGGACUUCGUUGUAUUAUGGAGGUGGGGAACAAGAGCUGUCAUCAUGAUUAUCCUAAAAGGAAAAUUGUCUUGGUAACUUUCAGAUUCCUGUGGAAUUGUGAAUUCAUACAAAGCUUCUGUGCAGUAUUUAGCCAUUUGCAUCACUAAGGAUGAAAUCUUGCUAUGAAAUGUCCUGUUCUUUUUCAGAAGAUUGGAACUAAAACCUUGUGUAGAUGCUUGUAGAUGCCAAGGUAGUUUUCUUUCAUCUUGACGUCUAAUUUGGCAUGUCUGUAAGAAGCCAGUGUCUCUUCCAUUCAUAAAGGCUUUUCAAAAUAUUUUUUAUUUUAUUCUUUCUUUUUCAAAGUCUGAAAUGUUUGCUAGAUAUUGAGAUGGUGAAACAUGGUAAGUAGCAUGCACAAAUGCUUUGCUUCUGUCUCUUGCUGAAAAGAACAUUUUCAUGUGGAGAAAAUAAAAUGAAAGAAAUGUUGAUUCUGUCAUUGUGAAGCCUUUUAAUGAGCUUUAAAAUAAAGUUCAUCUAAAUGGUA